AUGACUUCUCCGACAGGAGAUAAGUUCGAAUACGCAAUCAGAUUCACUUUUUCAGCUUUGAACAACGAAGCAGAAUAUGAGGCAGCCAUCGCAGGGGUACAGCUGUGUUUGUUGGCAGAUGCCAAGAGGAUAGUAAUGACAACAGAUUCUCAGUUGGUGGCAAAUCAGUUUUCAGGAGAGUACGAAACCAAAGAGCCGUCAAUGCGGCGAUAUCAAGAGAAACUGAAGGCACUCACAGCGAGGUUAGAAGCUUUUGAGAUCAAGCUGGUCCCUGGAGCGUUGAAAACUGCCGCAGACAGUUUAGCAAAACUAGCCAGUUCGAAAGCAGUCGAACUCAGUAGAUCAGUAAUGAUAGAAAUCAUGCACAGAAGGAGUACGGAGGAUAAAGGAAAAGAAGUAAUGGUCAUCACGGCAAACAAAGAAUGGUGCGACAAUAUCUGGACGUACAAGACGACAAGAAUGCUCCCGGCCGAUAUCAAGGAAGCAAAGAAAAUUAAAAAAGACGUCUGCUGUGUUGUCACCAUUCAUGUUCAGGGAAAAGAUCUAAAAUCUGGAGCAACCUCACAUGGAAGUCUGCAUUUGGUAGAUCUUGCUGGUAGUGAAAGAGUUGACAGGUCUGAAGCAACUGGAGAUAGGUUGAGGGAAAAAAACCCCCAUGUACCUUACAGAAAUAGCAAGCUUACGCAGGUUCUUCAAGCGUCUCUAGGUGGUCAAGCAAAGACACUUAUGUUUGUUCAGGUUAAUCAUGAUGUUAGUUCGUACUCUGAAUCAUUAAGCACUUUAAAGUUUGCUGAAAGGGUGUCCAGUGUUGAGCUGGGUGCUGCUCGGAGUAGCAAAGAGGGCAGAGAUGUCAGAGAAUUAAUGGAUCAGUUUCACUCGUAG